CGCAAAAUAACUUAAGAGUGUAAGAAACGUUGUAGCGUUCUAAAUUUGACAGCUAGUCUCUACAAUUUUCUUGUCGCCACUGGCGGAAGUAGUUAACGAAGAGGAGGAGAAGAAGAAAUACAAGUAAAAAGCUACUCGCGCGGUUAAGACGUGUUUUUUUAUUCCGCAAUAAAAUCUAGUUAGUAAUACAGUCCACGCGUUCCCUUUUCCACUGACCAAUCCGAAGAACAUUUGGUCCACGUCGAGCCGGAUGUGGGAUCAGUGGAAUUGAAGGACAGUUUCUCGGUUCGUGCGCGAGUCGGGAAAGAAUCGACGUGUUCCGCGACGGUUGCGACGGUCGUGGCGCGAGAUUCCGCUUGCACGCGCUGCAGCGGAUAGUGGUUCCGGAGACUGCGGUUACCGGACGGGAGUUUCUGCGCGGUCGAGUCCGACCGAAAGAAGAUUCCGGGUGCUUGCGAGUGCCGGAGAAGUGAAGGAAGAGCCGGAACUUGCGAGUUCCUGAAAAGUGGAAAGACCUCGCUGGAAGAUUCCGAUACGGAUUGAAGCGAGAAAAAAGUGAGAAAAAGAAGUGCGAUUUCGGGUGAUGUUUUUACGCUCUGGGCGCGUAAAGAAAGUGUUGUUCCCUUCGCCAUCGACGCCAUUUUCGACGCCAACGGGUGUGCUGAGUGCGCCGCUUAGUAUUUGUGAGCAGAAAGAAGCGGCGGAAAGAAGAAGAAGGGAGCGAGAAAUGGCCGAAAGCAUCGAUGCGUUGGACCAGUGCUGCCAGGCAGCCAAGGCAAAAGUGAGUCGUAUUCGGAAGGCGAUUUUGGAUGCAAAACAGGACCACAAAAAGUUUGCGUACAAUGCCCUCAAAUUGUAUGCGAAGCAAGUCGACGCGGCCUACGAUGAGUACAACAGCUUCACGAAUCGCAUCUACCUCGUCGAUCCAAAGAAGAAGCAAGAAUUUGAGCCGAAGUUCAUCGAAUUCGAGGAACUCUACGAGUUCGUCCGGAUCGCUCUGAGCGAGAUGAUGCAGCAGUACGAGGACGCCGAAAAGGCUGCGGCAGAGGUGGCUGCCUUUGAGAGGGAGAAACAACUGCUCGCGCUGAAGUUCCGCAACGAUACUGUCGCAGUUACUAACGUCCCAGCGAACCCUGUUCCGUACCAAAUUCCACCUUCGUUGCUGUUGCAGCAGACGCCUUUGCCGACCUUUGACGGUCGGUACGACCAGUGGCACAAGUUCAAAGCAAGGUUUUGCGACAUUGUGGAUCGGUGCACGACGGAUUCUCCAGCGACAAAACUCCAUUAUCUGGACAAGGCGUUGGUCGGAGAUGCACAGGGAGUGAUUGACGAGCAAACCCUCAACGACAAUAACUACGAGGGCGCCUGGAGAAUUCUAAUCGAGCGGUACGAGAACAUCCCAAUGGUGGUCCAUGGUCACGUCACGAAGCUUCUGAACCUGAAGCCGAUGGCUAGGGAGUCAUCGCUGGAACUACGGAGGCUGCUGGACGACUGCACGAAGCGUGUGGAAUCCCUAGAGUUCCACAAACUAAAGAUGGACAAGAUGGCUGAGGCCAUCGUGAUCACGCUGCUGACCUCGAAGCUGGACCCGAGUACCCGACGCAGCUGGGAGGCAUCGUGUGACUACGGAAAGCUUCCGGUGUUCAAGGACACGGUGGCAUUUUUGCGAAAGCACUCACACGUGUUGGAGCGGUGUGAGCAAAGCAGUACGGUGACAAAACCCAAAGUGGCGGCACUGAGGACCCAGACUCCAACCGUCACAAGUAAGGCGCACUCGGUGACGGUCUCGAAGACGAAUGAAGGUUGUGCCGUGUGCGGAGCUACUCACUCAGUCGAAGCUUGUGGCGCAUUCAAAAAGCUGAUCGUCGAAGAACGAUACUCGAAGGCAAAGCAGUUUGGAUUGUGCUUCCUAUGCCUGAAUCGUGGCCAUCGCACCAACACUUGCAAGAAGACCGAUCUGUGCACAGCUUGCAAGAAGAAGCACCACGCGCUGCUGCAUCCUGACGAGAAGAAACUCGAUACGCCCGAAGCAGGACGGCGAUCGGCGGAGGAGCAGGAGACGAGUUCCAGUUGCCCGAAACCACCGCUGACGGCGGCGAAGUGUUCGAUCCCGAACGAACGAACGAAGAGUCUGCAGACGAAGCAGGUGUUGCUGGCGACGGCAGUUGUGUUGGCGUACGACUCCAGUGGCGCCGCGCACAAGUGUCGAGUGCUACUCGACUCCGGAGCGAUGGCGAACUUCAUGUCAACACGGAUGGCGGAACUGCUGCGACUGCGAAAGGAGAGUGCUAACGUCCCGAUAGACGGAGUGAACGGGAUGAAGACCGUAGUGAAGUACAAAGUGAGUGCUAAAGUGGUAUCCAGAACAACCAGUUUCGAGACGACGUUGGAGUACUUGAUUGUCCCCCGAGUGACCGGCGCUUUACCAGCGAUGAAGAUCGAUCCGAAGGGCUGGCACAUUCCCGAGUCGAUGCUGCUGGCCGACCCCAAGUUCUACGAGCCAGCGCGGGUCGAUAUGCUCGUCGGCGCCGAGCUAUUUUUUGACGUGCUCCGAGAAGGUAAACUAAAACUGGCCCCCAAUCUACCUCUGCUUCAAGAAAGCCAACUCGGUUGGCUUGUCUCUGGACCUGUGGCCGAAACUGCGGAUAUCGGCACUGUAAAGGUGUGUCACAUUGGGGCACUGGACGAUCCUGAGGAGCAACUGACCGAACUGCUGCGGCGGUUCUGGACCAUCGACGAGCUCGGAGGUGACGCGUCACCUAAGCCUGAAGACACGUGUGAGUUGAACUUCCUGGAAACUCACCGCAGAACGAACGAUGGUCGCUACGUGGUGAAAUUGCCGUUCCGCGAGAACGUUGGGGAGCUCGGGGAAUCCCGAGAGCAAGCGAUGCGGCUACGUCGACUUCAUCAACGAAGCAGCACAGAUUUGUCGUUGAACGAUGUGAUGGAGAUCGGACCCACGGUGCAAGACUCGUUGUUCAACAUUCUCUUGAGAUUUCGCUUGCACAAGUUCGUGUUCACCGCCGAUGUCCCGAAAAUGUACCGGCAGGUAAUAGUCGACGAAGCUCACCGGAAGUAUCAACGGAUCCUGUGGAGGGACAACGCUGCAGCAGCACCCUUCUUGGCGACUCGAGCGAUUGUACAGCUGGCACGAGAUGAGCAGAAAGAUUUUCCGGUUGCGAGCAAGGUCGUCGAGGAGUGCUUCUACGUUGAUGAUGUGCUAACUGGGGCUGACUCACUUCCGGAAGCAAAGGAGCUUCAAAGAGAUUUGAUCGCGCUGUUAAAGAGAGGAGGGUUCCAGCUCCAUAAAUGGUGUGCUAACGACGAAUCGCUGCUUGAGGAUAUCCCAGUUGACGCUCAGGAGCAACAGUUCAACCUCGACGAUUGCAACGCCAGCGGCGUUGUAAAAACGCUCGGAAUCUUGUGGGAUCCAGUCGGAGAUGAGUUUAUGUACCACGUUCAACCCUUCAACGGCUGCUCUGAAGUUCCGACGAAGCAAAUGGUUUUGUCUGAAAUGUCAAAACUUUUCGAUCCUCACGGCCUGCUUGCACCAACCAUUCUGAUCGCGAAACUCCUGAUGCAGCAACUUUGGCAAGCGAAUGUGGGAUGGAAGGACCCGAUUCCGCAGGAGCAGCUUCGAACCUGGAACCGAUUUCGAUCUGAGCUAAGCUGCCUGAACUCGCUGCGGAUCAAUCGGCGAAUCACUGUUGACGAUGCGGUUGAUGUGGAGCUGCACGGGUACGCCGACGCGUCCAAGGUGGCGUACGGGUGCUCGAUAUACCUGAAAAGCUUCAAGCGAGACGGAACGACGGAGAUGCAGCUGAUUUGCGGAAAGUCGCGUGUCGCGCCAAUGAAGGAGCUGCAGCGGAACGAGAAGCAGGAUGCAACGCCUGACGAGCAGACGAUUCCGCGGCUUGAGCUGUGUGCUGCGUUGUUGCUAGCCGAAAUCCUUGAAAAAGUGCGCGAAACCUUAGCAAUACCUAUCGAAAAGGUUAAGCUCUGGUCCGACUCGAAGAUAGUGCUGUGUUGGUUGAAACGAAUGAAGCCUGGUACGCCAGUGUUCGUGCAAAAUCGUGUGAAGAAGAUCCUGAAGCUGUUUCCUGCUCACAUGUGGCACUACAUCUCGACGCUGCACAACCCUGCGGAUUUGGUGUCGCGUGGGGUCUUUCCGGCAGAAUUGAUCCACUGCGAUGGUUGGUGGUUCGGUCCCGUUGAGCACGCUGAACCGUGGCAGCAGAACUGCGAAGCGGAAUUGGAACCGGAAGAACACGGGGAACCUCUCCAGGUUGUCGCUGCAGUUCUACCCAACGAGCCGAAGAAACAGCUGGACCCAUACGACGUGAUUUUGGAACAAAGCGACUAUCGCAGACUGCAGCGUGUUUUUGCGCACUUGACUCGCUUCAUCUUCAACUGCCGAUCGAAGCAAAACAAGGUUGCGCGUAGAACGGGACGACUUGGCGGCCGAGACUUCGGCGAGGCGCAACGAGCAAUGGUGAGUGUUGUGCAGCAAUUUGUCUACAAGGAUGAGAUCGAUUGCAUUCAGAAGAACCGUGCCGUCAAGGGAAAGCUGCGAAACCUGAACCCGAUGUACGACAAAGACGACAAGCUGCUCCGGGUCGGCGGUCGUAUAAGAAAUUCGGAUCUGCCCAAAGACCAGAAACACCCAAUGAUCCUGCCGGAAAACAACCACUUCACGGAGAUCCUUAUCAAAGCUCUGCAUAAGGAACAUCUCCACGUUGGACUCAACGGACUGCUUGCGGUCAUCCGACGACGGUUCUGGCCAGUAAACGCUAAACGAACCAUCCACCGGGUCCUGAAAGGGUGCGUAGACUGCUUCCGGGUGAACCCAACGGACGUCCAGCAGUACAUGGGUGACCUGCCGAGCUGCCGAGUGACCGCUUCCCAACCGUUUGCCAGGACUGGAAUGGAUUACGCCGGACCGUUCUACGUCAAAGUGGGACGUAUGAGAUCGAAGGUGAAGGUGUACGUGUGUCUUUUUGUGUGCAUGGCAAUCAAGGCCGUACACCUAGAGUUGGUGGGCUCCCUGACGACGGAAGGAUUCCUGGCAGCUCUACAGCGAUUUGUGAACCGACGAGGGACGCCGUCCGAACUAUAUUCUGAUAACGGAACAAACUUUCGAGGAGGAAAUCGAGAGCUGUCAGAAUUAGUCGAGUUGCUGCGAUCCCAGAUUCUGCAGGAGAAGGAGGCAUUUGGGAAGCGAACGUGA